UCCCAUUCGAUGCGUGGCAUGCGUAGCAUCCGAGACAGAUCCAUACUCGAACUCUGGCUUUUUCGACCAGAAUGGUUAAUACAACAUAUUUUUGCUCCCACCUUCUCAACACCUUCAUUUUGACCCUUUUGUCGGUAUUCAUCUCACGGGCCUGAAUCUCGACUACUUGAUAACCCAAUGCUGACACUUGAAACUUUUUUUUUGUACGACCAGGAAUCGGAAGUCAGCGAGCUCUAGUUGACAACACCAAUUACUCAGAAAACCCCCCCGAAAAAGGACUUGUGGAUUUCGAACGCAUCGGCCGACUUCCAAUUCAACCAACCCACUGCCACUGUUCCCGCCCUUGGCUAUCAGCCCUCGCAAUUGUCAAACCAUGAGCAAUACGACGCUGCCACCCGAUACAUUCGGUUCAACACGCUCGGGCUCCUUGCCCGACGAUACCAGGCGGCCCCUAAUUAUCGGGGUUGCUUCAACAUUAACAGGGAUCGUGGCCGUUUUUCUAGCAAUUCGAGUAUACAUCAGAGGCUAUCUGUUGAGAGCAUGGGGACUCGAUGACUCGAUGCUUGUCUGGUCCUGCGUGAGCCCUUCUCAUUGCUCAGAGUGGUGUAGUAGUGAACCGUCAGUCACGUCGACACACCUCCCUUUUUAUGCCUCGAAAGUUUCGCAAUUUACUUACGCAUUGUCAGACGCAAUAUAUGGAUGUCUGGGAGAACACGUUUGGAAUCUGACACCAGCCCAGUUAAAAAACGACAGCCAUUUCAUGGUCCCCUCCGUCCUCAUGUAUCAAAUUACAUUCGCAUGCGUCAAAGCCGCGUUCCUCCUCCAGUAUCGACGGGCCUUCGCCUUGCCUCACAUCAAAACUUUCUGCGAUGUUUUCUUGGCAGUCACAUUCGUAAUCAUGAGCUCGACUCUGAUCGCAAGCGGCCUGAUUCUGAGGGUAUUUCUGCAGCCAUAUUACGUCCCGGUUCCGACGGAAACAGGUUUCCUGAAAUUCAGCUAUGCCAACGCCGCAAUAAAUCUCGUGACGGACAUAAUCAUUUUUAUGAUACCCCUAGCUCUAGUGCGCCGGAUACCUCUCGAAACAACGCAGAAAAUAGGCUUAGUAGCCAGCUUCUCGGUCGGAAUUUUUACCAGCGCAAUUUCGAUCCUGAGGAUCUCCAGCCUGUCCACGAGCAUCAACACCAUCGAUAUCAAGUACAAAGCUGUUCCGCUGGUCUUACUGAGUCUUGCCGAGCCGACCUCUGGAAUAGUCUGCGCUUGCGUGCCACUUCUUCGACCACUAUUGUUCCGACAGGGCGCAUCAUUUUCUGGCACAAAUGGCUCAUCCAGGCCCCUUUCGGGAGACACCGGCAGUUGUGGAGGUUCAAGGGAUUUGUCGACCAUCAAGCCUCCGCACUCGCCGACAAGUCCGGAAAUACCAAGAUGAUUCGCAAACUUAAAAUCAGUGGGAGUUUUGAGGGAGAUGUUAAAGGACAUUUCUUGGGUGAACAAGUACCUACCUUUUUCUUAGUC